CGCGCCUUCUCUCCUGCGCGCGGUCGCGCUUUUACUACCGACGGGCUCGGACUCCGUGGGAGGAAGUCACUGAGAUUGGGAAACGGGCUGCAACUCCGAACCGGGGAAACGAAAACCCAAACUAAACUCAACCUGAGGACGUGAAGGAGACUUUGUCGGAUUUAUAUAGAGCCUAUAUAUAUUUUCUAAUUAUCCAAAGUUUGGGAAUAUGGACUGAGAGGCGCAGAUGGAGGCGGCGAGAAGUUUGUUGCUGGUCGGGGCCGUUUUGCUGGGAGCGUCGGGCGCUUGGAGCCGGGAAGUUUGCCUGGGAACGGACAUGAAGCUAGCUCUGCCCUCCAGCCUGGAAAAUCACUAUGAGACCCUGAGGCUGCUCUACACCGGCUGCCAGGUCGUCCACGGCAACCUGGAGAUCACACACCUGAGCGGGAACCCGGACCUCUCCUUCCUGAAGGAAAUCGUAGAGGUGCAGGGUUAUGUACUCAUUGCACACGUCUCGGUGAGCCUGGUGCCUUUGGACAACCUUCGGAUCAUAAGAGGAAGCCAUUUUUACAACUCCAACUAUUCGCUGGCUGUGCUGGACAAUCAGGGGCUGAAGACGCUGCGACUUCGUAGCCUCAAAGAGAUCCUGUUGGGCGGGGUGUCUAUUUUGGGGAACCCCCAGCUGUGCUUCCCGGACCCGGAAAACAUCAUAUGGAGGGACACUCUGGACGAACAGAACACCAGACUGCACCGCCUGCAGGCCCGAGCUCCCAACUGUCCAAGUUGUCAUCCUGCAUGUGGGAAGAGCUGCUGGGGGGAAACUGAGCAGGACUGUCAAACAUUGACCAGAAUAAACUGUGCGUCUGGCUGUCAGCGAUGCAAAGGUCCUUUUCCUAACGACUGCUGUCACACGCAGUGUGCGGCCGGGUGCACUGGACCCAGAGACUCGGACUGUUUGGCAUGCCGUCACUUCAACGAUAGCGGAAUGUGCAAAGAGAAUUGCCCCCCACCCAACUUCUACGACCCCGUCACCUACCAGAGCAAACCCAACCCCAACAAGAAGUUGAGCUUUGGAGCCACCUGCGUCAAGACGUGUCCCUAUAACUACCUGGCCAUGGAAGUGGCCUGCACUUUGAACUGUCCCCGAGCCAACAAGGAAGUCAUCAUCAAGCAGCCGGACGGCACUGAGAUGCAGAAAUGCGAAAAGUGUGAACCUGAAUGCGCCAAAGAUUGCUACAGUCUGGGUAUGGACAGCCUGGGCGUCGUGGACAACCACAGCGUUACCGUGGUGACGCCUGCUAAUGUGGGUCAGUUCACCAAGUGUUCCAAGAUCUUCGGAAGCCUGGCUUUCCGCGCUCAGAGCUUCGCCAGGGACCCUGUGACCAACUCAUCCGGCCUGACUUUGGAGCAGCUGAAAGGCUUCAGGAAGCUGGAGGAGAUUGCAGGUUAUUUGUACAUCGACGCCUGGCCGGAGGAAUGGAGCAACCUUUCUGUGUUUGAGAACCUCAAAGUGAUCAGAGGCAGGAUGCUCUACAUGGGCGUGUUUUCACUGGCAAUCCAGAAUCUGCGCAUCCAGUCUCUGGGGCUGCGUUCGCUGCGCAGCGUCAGCGGAGGCCUGGUGUUGUUGUACAACAACUCUGAGCUGUGCUACACCGACUCUCUGCCCUGGGGGUCAAUCCUGCAUCCCACCGAGGGGCCGCAGCGCAUCAUCAGCCUCAACCAGGAACCCAAAGUGUGCGAGGUGGAGGGACGUGUUUGCCAUCCGCUGUGUAAGGGGGGCUGUUGGGGCCCGGGGCCCGGCCAGUGCGUGUCUUGCAAGACGUUCCAGCGAGGCACCGUGUGUGUGGAGCAGUGUGACGUCUAUCAGGGAAAUGUUCCUGAAUACAUUGAUGGGUUUUUGUGCAAAACCUGUCAUGAUGAGUGUCGACCUCUGAACGCCUCUGCAUCCUGCCACGGCCCAGGUGCAGACGACUGCACCGAGUGUCUCCACUAUCAGGAUGAAAAGAUUUGUGUGGAACGUUGUCCCAGCGGAGUGAAGGAAGAUCAACAAACUGUGUGGAAAUACAGCAAUGAAACGCGACACUGUCUGCCCUGCAACACUAACUGCACACUGUCCUGCACCAUGAUGGAUGAGAGAGGCUGCCCCAUUGAUACCAGGACUGGUUCGACCACAACCGUCGCUGCUGCAGUCGGUGGAGUCGUGCUCUUCCUCAUCUUGCUGGGUCUGCUGGUCUUUUAUCUGAAGAGACAGAAGAAACUGAAGAGGAAGGAGACCAUGAGGAGGUACCUGCAGGAACAGGAGCUGGUGGAGCCGUUGACGCCGAGCGGCGCGUCUCCAAACCAGGCUCAGAUGCGAAUCCUGAAAGAGACAGAGUUGAAAAAGCUCAGGCCUCUGGGUGCGGGGGCCUUUGGGACUGUCUAUAAGGGGGUGUGGGCUCCAGAAGGAGAACACAUAACAAUACCGGUGGCCAUUAAAGUCUUGAGGGAGAACACUUCACCGAAAGGCAACAAAGACAUUCUUGAUGAGGCGUUUGUGAUGGCGUCGGUCACCAGCCCUUACGUGUGUCGCCUCCUGGGGAUUUGCCUGACGUCCGCCGUGCAGCUGGUCACUCAGCUCAUGCCGUACGGCUGCCUCCUCGACUACGUCAGGGAGAACAAGGAUCGUAUCGGUUCCCAGUACCUCCUGAACUGGUGUGUCCAGAUUGCCAAGGGGAUGAAUUAUCUGGAGGACAUUCGGUUGGUCCACAGAGAUCUGGCCGCCCGCAACGUUCUGGUGAAGAACCCAAACCACGUGAAGAUCACCGACUUUGGCCUGGCCCGUCUGCUGGACAUAGACGAGACAGAGUAUCACGCGGAUGGAGGAAAGGUGCCGAUUAAAUGGAUGGCUUUGGAGUCUAUUCUGCACAGGAAGUUCACCCAUCAGAGUGACGUCUGGAGCUACGGGGUGACUGUUUGGGAGCUGAUGACGUUCGGCUCCAAGCCGUACGAUACCAUUGCGGCGAGGGAGAUCCCAGAUCUGCUGGAGGGAGGAGAGCGGCUUCCUCAGCCCCCGAUCUGCACCAUAGACGUCUACAUGAUCAUGGUCAAAUGCUGGAUGAUUGAUCCAGACAGCAGGCCCAAGUUCAAAGAUCUGGUUCAGGACCUUAGCGCCAUGGCGAGAGAUCCGUCUCGCUACUUAGUCAUUCAGAACGACGAGCAGAUGAGCUCCUGCAGCCCGGUGGACAGCCAGUUCUACCGGAUGCUUCUGGAAGAAGGCGAGAACAUGGGGGACAUGAUGGAUGCCGAGGAGUACCUGGUACCGCAGCCCAACCUGUUCCCCAGAACCAGGGGCGACCAGGCCCAAGCCAGCGGCCCGAUCCGCCACCAGUCCUACCGGCAACAGAGCAAAGAUCUGGAUGGUGAGCCCUUGAACCCUGGUGGACCUCAGAGCAUGUACUCAUCUCUGAGUACUUUGGGCCGCGGCCAGUGCCCCACCCUGCCAGUGGGAGCAAGCAUGUCCAACGGCCUGUGGCCCCAGUUGGCUCGCACCAUUUCAGCAGGAGGCCAGUCUGACUCCGUCUUCUUGGAUGCGACUCCAGACGGACAUUUCUUAUCGCCGUGCAGCCCUGGACGCUACUGCAAAGACCCCACCUACCCCAGAGGGAGCCAGUGUGACCUGGAAACCGAUGAGAUGGACGGCUUUCAUCAUCCUAAUCACCUUCAUCACUCCCUGCCCAGGAGGAGUCACGCCCACAGUCAGAGACCAGCCAUGCCAGAGUACGUGAACCAGGAGAUGCUGGAUCCCAGACCGGCGAUCCCUGAGCGACCCACUACGCUCCCACGUAAAGGCUCCAAAGUGGACCGACGGCUCCCCAACGGUCUCGGGUCCGGCCACAGCGUUGAGAACCCAGGGUACCUAAUUCCCGUCAACUCCGCCUGCCCCGCCUUCGACAACCCGUACUACCUGGACCUCGGGGACAAAGCCAACGGCGCUCCGCCGGGAGCGGCGGGAGACGGCGCCGCGACCCAGGAGAGCAAAGGAAACAUCACCAGGCACGUCAACGGGUUCAUCACCCCCACUGCGGAAAACCCAGAGUAUCUCGGACUUGCAGACACUUGGACUGGUCACACUUGAGGAGGAGGAACAGGAACUGCAGGAGUUGCAGAUUGAGUUCUUCUAAGGGAGGAAUGAAAAAAAGGGAAGACGGUUUGUUUUGUGACGGAUCUGAGUGGGUCCUUGUUAGAAUGUGAGCACAUCAAUUUGAGGCCGACUAUCAGAAAACUCACUGUUGACUCCAGCGCAGUGUAGCAUUAAUAUGGUGUCUAUGACAUCGUGUGAAUUCAUCAACAACUUGGGACGCUUUGGUGAAAAACUCAUCCCAGUACGACGAGAGUCUGACGAUCGGACAACCAUUCGACUGUUUUUCAGUUUUUCUUCACUGUUUAAUUAAUUUUCAGGCUUUUUUUUCACUACAUAUGAAGCAGUUUUUGUAUUUUCUUUCUCAACUACCACAGACUAAACAACCCAAGAUGCGCAUUGAGGAUGGUGUUUAGCAUUCUGGUCACAUUCGACGAAGGUCUCUAGUGCCCUCAAAGCCAUUUUGUCUCAAACAGAGAAGGCCCUUGCAGCCCAUCUGGCCUUUGGGUAUGCUCCCUGAAAGAAAGGCAUCCUGUAUGGUGAAGACAGCAGCUUUGUGCCGCUCAGACGUAUCGGACCGCAGCUACUUUGCUGGGUCCGAGUAGACUUCAUAAGCUAAUGCAUAUUAAAGUCAACACUUACCCAAGAAUCUCUGCAUAUUCCAAGCCAGUGAGCCACUCUCUUCAAGUUGGAAAGGGCAUUUCACAAAAAGUUGGAAGAGAUUUCCGUUAGGAUG